GAAUUACAGCAUUAUCAGUGACGGCUUCUAGGACUCACAGUUACAUCACUUCUCUUAUCAAGUGACAGCUGCCUGGUUUGUCUUUAACGUUGAAGAGUUUUGAAUGGCAGGGAGAAUACUUCUGAACUAUCAUCUGCGCUCUACUGAUUCAACAACCUCAAUCACAAGACCUCCUGAAUAUGAGUCCCUGCAAACAGCUUCUGGUAAUGCUAGUGGCUCUGGUGGUAAAAAUGACAGUUGUCAUUUUGAUGAGGAGUUCAAAUUCAUCUUAUUGCCAGUGUCCUAUGGAACAGUGUGUGUGCUGGGCCUAAUUCUUAAUACAACAGCACUUUGGAUGUUUGUGUGUAAGAUGAGGCCAUGGACUGCCAGUAUAAUCUACAUGUUUAACCUGGCCAUUUCAGAUCUUCUAUAUGUGUUAUCUCUGCCACUCCUUACAUAUUACUAUGCCAAUCGUAACGAUUGGCCAUUUGGGGUAGUCCUUUGUAAAUUAACCCGCUUCCUCUUUUAUGCCAACCUGUACUCCAGCAUCCUUUUUCUUACCUGCAUCAGUGUCCACAGGUACCUGGGUGUGUGCUACCCCAUUCAAUCACUCAAGUGGACGAAAGUGAAACGUGCCUGGAUUGUGAGUAUGCUGGUCUGGAUUUCUGUCAUCAUCUGCCUCAUCCCCAAUUUACUGUUUGUCACAACAAGCAAGCGAGGUGAUGACAUACUCUGUCACGACACAACCCGCAGGGAGGAUUUUCCACGGUACGUUUUGUACAGUUCUGCCAUUAUGGUGAUUCUUUUUGUUAUUCCCUUCUUCACCAUUACCAUCUGUUACAGCUUAAUGACCAGAAAGUUGAGCAAAGCACAUGGAUCCAACUACAGCACAGCCUCAUCCAUUGUCAAGAACAAGGCCAUUAAACUUAUCAUCAUCGUGUUGCUGGUCUUUUUUCUGUGUUUUGUACCUUUUCACAUCACAAGAACAAUGUAUUACACCUUCCGGGUACUCAAGAAGAACUGCCAUGCACUUAAUAUUGUGAAUUUCACAUAUAAAAUCACAAGACCACUGGCCAGCAUCAACAGCUGCAUUGACCCUAUUUUGUACUUCCUGGCUGGAGACAAUUAUCGAGGAAAAUUUGCGCUUGCUACAUGGAGACGAAAAGCUCGCGUUCAACGAUCAGUUUCAAACAAAAUGCGUGAGCGCAAAAUACACAAGCAAUCAGUGGUCAGAAAUAUCUCUGUCUAUUCUGUCACCUUGGACCAGGAAUCUGUUUGAGUUAAGGGCCUGUCCCACUUGGACGACCUAAUCCACGAGUUUAGAAGACCCUAGAUGACUUGAAAAAAAUGUCAUGUUGACUCGCUGAAGUAAAAGACCACCUACCACCUCCUACAACUAUGUCUACGACCUCCUACGACUAUGUCUAUGUCUAGACCUCUUACGACUAUGUGUACGAUCUCCUAUAACUAUGUCUAUGACCUCC